UUCACUGUUGAUAUAGACUUAGACUCACAGAUUGCUAAAUGUGGCUGUGAACUAUAUGAAUUUAUGGGGAUAUUGUGCCGACACAUACUAGUAAUUUUCCAAGCAAAGGGAGUUGUUCAGAUUCCUAGUCAUUUUAUUAUGGAACGAUGGACUAAGGAUGCUAACAGAGGUCUUGAAGACACUUAUAAUGAUAAUGAUUUGGGUGAAAAAUCUGAUACAUUAAAGAUUUUAAGAAGGGUGCAUGUGCAACGAGAAGCAAGUUUUUUAGCUGAUCUAGCAGAAGAGUCUGAGGAAGCAUACAAUUUCAUUAUUUCAGAAAUGAAGCAAACUCAUAAGUCAGCUGCUGCAAUGAAAACAAGUGAAGGAGUAGCACUUUUGGAGUCAAGCGAGAAGAAUGUAAAUCAAGUUUGCUCAUCUGAGCAAGUGAGUGAACCACCACAACUGACUAUUGGAAACCCGCAUGUAUCACAAACAAAGGGGAGAAAGAAGGAUGGAGGAAAAAUGACUCAAAAUGGCAGAUUUAAGAGUGGACUUGAAGUGUCACUUAAUAAAUCAGUUGUCAAAAGGAAAACAUGUCAUGAAUGCGGGGAGCACGGUCACAAUAGCAGAACUUGCAAGAAAAGAAAUCAAAAUGAUUAA